CCCUCUGUUUAAAAUAUUGUCAAGUAUAAGUACAGUUUCAUUUUUUAAAAAAACUAUAUACAAGUGUUAUAGCUGGGGCUUUGAAAGAGUUGCCAUUAAUAGUUUGUGCCUGGACAAUAAACACGAAGGUAACUGGGUCAUGAUAAAAUUAAUUGUACUGUAUAUUUCUGCUGAAAUAACAGUUAUUUUUAGAUUUACCUCCACAAACACAAAGAAGCAUAUUCAAAUGUGCCCUCUUUUGUCCUCACUUUCAGAGAAGAAUAGCCUAUCUUGAAAUUAAAUCCUUGCGUUGCCUUGCAUCGCGGGGACCAAUAGGAGCGGAGGACGCUGUGGAGCCUUGGCAAGGACAAUCAACAUGCAGGCUCCACUGGCUCUGAUGGCUUCACCAGCCCUGUUGCACUGCUGUUCUCAAGCUCUAACAAGCCCAACUUCCCUUUCUAUAUUGAGCAGGCCAGAAACUCAAACUGUGCAGCCCUUUGGCAUUUCCAAUCACCAGCUGGUUCAACGGGAAUUCCAAACCAGUGUGAUCUCCUGUGACAUUGAUGCUGCUGCUAAAUUCAUUGGUGCUGGUGCUGGUACUGCUACUGUGGGAGUAGCUGACUCAGGAGCAGGAACUGGGACAGUAUUUGGCAGUUUAAUCAUCAGUUAUGCCAAGAACCCAUCCCUCAAUCAGCAGUUGUUUUUUUAUGCUAUCCUGGGCUUUGCCCUCUCAGAGACCAUGGGGCUCUUCUGUUUGAUGGUGGCUUUUCUCAUCUUUUUCACCAUGUGAAAUCCUUGGAACUAUGUUGCAGCUGCUGUCUAUCAGUGUCUUUACUGGUUUGAACUUCCCUCCCUU